AUGUCAACGUUAUUCGUCCUAAGGAAUAUUGGGAUUACGAGUCCCUCACUGUCUAAUGGGGGUAUUAUUCUUCGUAUUCUCCCUCUAUCUACGAAGCCUCUAUGUACUGCUUCUGAAUUCAAAUCGGAACAGGAUGAUUACGAGGUGGUGAGGAAAGUUGGAGGAGGGAAAUAUAGUGAGGUUUUCGAGGGGGUUCAUUGUACGGAUAACGAGAAAUGCAUUAUCAAGAUUCUUAAACCGGUCAAGAAGAACAAGAUUAAGAGGGAGAUUAAAAUACUGCAGAAUCUUUGUGGAGGGCCAAAUAUUGUGAAGUUGCUGAAUAUAGUUAGGGAUCAGAAAUCGGAGACUCCGAGUCUUAUAUUUGAAUAUGUGAAUAACACAGAUUUUAAAGUGCUUUAUCCAACGCUGUCUGAUUAUGAUAUUCGAUAUUAUAUCUAUGAACUUCUGAAGGCAUUGGAUUAUUGCCACUCACAAGGUAUUAUUCACCGAGAUGUGAAGCCCCAUAAUGUGAUGAUUGAUCAUGAGCAGCGGAAACUUCGUCUUAUUGAUUGGGGCCUUGCAGAGUUCUAUCAUCCAGGGAAAGAAUACAAUGUUCGGGUUGCUUCAAGAUAUUUUAAAGGUCCUGAACUCCUUGUUGAUUUGCAAGACUAUGAUUACUCUUUAGACUUGUGGAGCCUUGGUUGUAUGUUUGCUGGAAUGAUAUUCCGAAAGGAGCCAUUCUUCUACGGGCGUGAUAAUUAUGAUCAACUGGUCAAGAUAGCCAAGGUUCUCGGGACAGAUGAAUUAACUGCUUAUCUUAAUAAGUAUUGCAUAGAUUUGAAUCCACAUCUUGCGGCCCUUGUUGGGAGGCAUAGUCGCAAACCUUGGACGAAGUUCAUUAAUGUUGAGAAUCAACAUCGGGCAUUACCUGAGGCUGUUGACUUCCUUGAAAAGUUGCUUCAAUAUGAUCAUCAAGAAAGGCCAACUGCAAAAGAAGCAAUGGCUCAUCCUUAUUUUGACCCAAUUAGAAACGCAGAAAGCAGCAGAAGUCGUAGCUAGCAUGCCAAUUUCAUGAGUGCAUGGUGGGAUCCUGGCUUUGUAGUCUGACCGAAGAUUAUUUGUGUCGUGGUUGAGCUAGCAGUUAAGAAGUCUUUCAAUGUCUCUGAUUUUUCUGUCUCCCCAAAGGGAAAUUUUAGUUUAUUCCAUCUUUCAUGUUUGUCCUAAUAUUGAUGGUAAAUCUUGUGUUGUUCUUCAGAUGAGAACAAUUCCUAAAUCUUAUUUGAGUAUGCUCGUUAUUACCGAGCUACAUAUCUGAUCGUCGGCCUCAUUGUUU